GUAGAAGAUCUAAAUACUUCUUUCACCCUGAGCUGUAGGCGUCUACAUUCAGCUUGGAAGACAUAGCUCAGGGCAAAUACAGUCAUGUAAACCACGCCCACCGGAUGUACGUAGAGUUUCCCCGGGAAAGCUCAGUUGCUGCAGGAGUCGUGAGUUCAUUGAAGUUGAUGAAGAAGUGUCUCUGAGCAAUGGCGAAAAUAACAGAGAAGCUUUUACUGGAGAAAGGCUCUCCAAAAACCAACAAACUGGAGCAGGUCAAGACACUGAAUUUAUCCCGGCUGGGACUGAAGCCUCAGGACUUGCCAGUCGGUCUGCUGUCCCGUCUCCGGUCCCUGGAGCGGUGGGACCUCUCUGGGAACAGGCUGGAUGAGCUGCCCAAGAACCUGGAGCUGCCUGCGCUUUGCUACCUGGACCUCAGCGACAACCAGAUGGAGGACGUGACCACGCUGGAGUCUCUCAGCAGUCUGGAAGAGCUCAAGAUGGAGGACAAUCUUUACAUCACUGUGAGUGAUAAUUACAAGCUGAUGGUGUUGUUGCCCAACCUGAGGAUUCACAACGGGAAAGAUGUCAGCACUAAUGCCAACCACUUGCGCUUCGUCUACAGUGAGAACCUGAGGACCAGGAUAAUUGCAGUGUGGGAGAAGAGCUUCUCUCUCCCAGAUCCCAUCACAGCAGAGCAAUUGUCUGCUUUGGAGAAAAACUUUGUCAAAACUGCCCGUCAGCAGGUUAAAUAUGGACCCAAUUCAGUCAGUGACUUCACCAAAUGGAGGGUGGAGAUUAUUGCUAAGGAGUAUCUGCGCUCUCUGACAGAACCAAAGGAAGAACCGGAGAGCAAGGGGUCUCCAGACACCAAAGAGAACUGUGCUGUCUCAACGCCUACGAAGAGGAAACAACUGGUAUUAGUGGACACCAGCAUAAGCCUGACGCCUCGCAAGAAACCGCGCUCGGAUCUCCCGGUCUCCCCAGUAGAAGCAAGUCCUCGCAAAUCCUGCCUCAGCCGCAAACUUCAGACGCCGACCCAGACCAGCGGCGUCAGGAUGAGCCCCCGCAAGACGAGUCAGCCUCCCUCCACCCCCACCCGAGGUCCGGCGAGGGCAGAGGCGCCCAGGAGAGGAGCUAAAGUGCGACAAGCCAAAGAGGACGACGAAGCUCGGAUAAAACAGAGGAGCCGAAUGGAGCUGCAGAGAGACGCUGACUUGCUGUCCUCUCUGAAGAGCUGCAGCAAGACACAGCCGGUGUGUCUGAAGCCUCUCCACGUCCUCCAGUGCCACAGUAAACAGGACAGCUCGGAGGACUUCUCCACCCAGCUGUGGGCCUGUGCUUUCCAGCCGCUGCCAGAUUCCACAGGCGCUGGAGGAGGAAGCCGUUUGGUUGCUACCUGUGGUGGAGACUCUCUCUGUGUCAUUGACUGUGAAACCGGGAUGGUGAUGAAGAAGUACAAAGUUCCUGGAGAGGAGUUCUUCUCCCUCUCCUGGUCCACGGUGUUGAUGUCCAGAGGAGGCGGGGCCUCGGCUCAACACUGCAGCAUUCUGGCAGCUGGUGGGAAGAGGGGACUGGUCAAACUGAUCCACCCCAGAAACAACGUGGCCUACGGGGAGUUCCGCGCCAGCCGCAAGGCGCUGUCGGUCCUCCGCUUCAACCACCACCAGGGAAACUUCCUCUUCACCGGCUCAUACGAUAAAAAGAUAGUGCUGUGGGACAUCGGUGGAGUGGACAGCCAGUACAACUACAAAGUUGUUCAGCUGCUUGUGUUGGAGAUCAGCACCACCCCUCUGCACAUCUGCCUCCCCCCCACUUCCCCCAGCUCACACCUACUGACUGCCUGUGAGGACGGCCUGCACUGCUACAACACGCUCCUCGGCACCAACAACACCACAAAGAGGACCGAAGAGAUGGAGAUAACUUUCCCUGUCUAUAAGAAGGAAGACAAAGACCACGACUACCACACCAUUGAUGGCCUUAGUUUUCUCACGGAUGACAUAGUGGCCUCCAAGAACUACAUGCAUUGUUCCAUUUAUUUGUGGAGCUGGAGCCGGACCAAGGCCCAGCGGCCUGACAGGAAGGACAGGACAGUUUGUGCUGCGGUUCUGGCUGAGCUGCAGUGGGCCAACACGGAGAUUCCCUACCUGGCUCUCAACACCUGCCCAGGCCAAGCCUACGUAGUGUGUGGUGAUGACAAAGGCAGGCUAUGGACAUACCACGUCUCCAGCUUGCACAAAAACAGUCUCCACACAGGGAAACCCAUCCUUCCCACUGAGUUGUUGGAGUGGCCGACCCCGGUAAGCAAGGACCACGGCCAGGUGGAGGGCCCCUCCAUCAACAGCGUAGCAAUGGACCCUGAGCUCCACUUCCUGGUGGCCCUCAGUGACAAGAAUAUGGUGAUCGUGUGGAAGAGAGGUGUCCUCCUGAGCAACACGGGCUGUGUGACUGCAACUCACGAUCGGAAGUCAGGUGUUACAAAUCCUUAGGUGGGGAAGACUUUUGGUAAUUGUGAGCUAUGGUUUGUUUACUGUAACACCAACAUGCUGCUCUGUCUCAGGCAACAGAGACAGACUGCAGGGAUCCUGUGUCACAUUUUUCACUUGUUUUCUUCAUUUGUUUGGGGAAAGUGACUUUUAUGUUGAUGUGACAUCAACAGUGAAAUCCGUUUUAACCUUCUUAAUUUGCAGAAUUUUAUGCUGAUAUAGAUAAAUGUUGCUGCUGUUGGGAAUAGUAGCCAACAGAAGAGAUUUGUCAAUUGUCACUAUGUGACAGAUUUUGAUUUAAAUAAAUGUAAAGUCAUCAUCCCUGAAUGAGUAAACACAAUGGUGAUUAAGCAUAUGGCCCACUGAUGAAAGCCCAUACAUAUGCAGUAUUACUGAUUGGCUGUGGUGACGUUCCCGGGAAGUCCCGACCCUGUUAGGAUCUCUGGGAAGUGAGAUGCUAAAAAAACUCACCUGCGUUUACCGCUUAUCGCUAUACGUGCCGCCAAAGAGAACAAAAUGAGAAUCUUUGAGAUUGUAGCUGUAAAAGAAGCGGCAUAUAAAAAUGUCCGGUCCAACCAUAAAACAUGGCGUUAGAUUCACCAAUAAUAGGUAAAUUAUUCAAUGUGAUGAAUUACUGGAAAUUUAUGGGCAGAAGUAUGUGUCGCUAGAAACUGAAAAUAACGUCGAAGAGUUUUGGGUAAGUUAAGACUGAUGUUUGUCAUAAAUGUCACCUUCAAAUAUACAUAUUUAAAGUGAAUAAUUGUACGCGAAUGAACCUCAUCUGUUUUUUUAGGGUCAGUCUUUGGACCUUGCUGUUCAAAGUAACUUUAUGUAAUGUCCUGAUAAUGCAAACAGUCAACACUGCUGUGAGGAGUACAGAGGCAGCCUGGUUACUGACUGCUGAGAUAGUAAAUACAGUAAAGUGUUUCUAAUCCUACAGUACUUCUACUGUACGUUCCUGUGUGCAACUCGCUGUGUUUUUACGUUAAGUUGUACAAAUAUCUUGAUUUAA